AUGCACGAACUCCCCAAGAAUGCCAUGACUGCCGGCUCCACCAAUGACUGGCUUGCCCUCGGCCUCGGCCAGAAGCACACCAACGACGAGCAAACAGAGCACUACGUCGUCUAUAACUAUGUCUUGCACAAUCCUUUCUCAAACAGGUCUCUGCCGCUGCCUGAGCUCGACGCCGUCAUCGUCCAGGACAGCAACAGGAAGCAUCCGCUCAUUGUAUUCCAGCGAGGGAAGGGUGUGUGGUCACCGGAGCCAUGGGCAGCUCCAUAUACCUACCUCAUUGACAUCGCGUUUCUUGGUGAUAAACUAUAUGCCAUCACCACGGCUGAGGACCUCACCCCCCUUGAUCUUGCAUUGGAUGAAGACGGAAGGCCCGUGGUUGCAAUGGGAACACGUGUCAUCAAGAAAUCACUCCGCUAUGAUUGUUAUGAAUUAUUGGCCACUUUUGAUGAGGAGGACGAUGACCAGAAUGAAGAAGAGGAAGACGAUGAAGAUGAGGAAGAGGGAGAAAAUAAUCAUAUGCCCUGCUAUAUCAAUUGCUCAGAAGAAAUUGCCAGAGACGUCGAACCUGGUAAUAUCACCGUAAUUAGCCGGCACCUCAUCGAGUCGCAUGGGAAGCUACUCAUGGUAAGGCAUCGACGGCAAUUCCAUACAGAUACUUUGUGGGUCACUCUCAAGGUGGAUGUUCUUGAAGCGGACUUUAGCACACACGAUUGGGUGCCACUGACCGGAGGGCUAGGCGGCGGUCAAGCACUCUUUGUUAGCAUGGACUUCUCCAAGUCUGACUCGGCACCUUGUGGAGAGGUGGAGGAAGAUGCAAUUUAUUUUAUGGACACGAGAGAUGUGUUCAACAUGAAGUCCGGUACUUCUAGCCAGUCAAAGUUCGAUAGGGGGGCAACAUGGGUCUUCCCUCCGGAGUACCAGCUUUAA